AUGCCAGCUAGACUGCCUUUUACAAAGGGCACAUUCAAUCAUGACAAGCACGCAGGCUCCCUCCUAGCAGCCUCCACCCGAACCAAGGACCAUGCGCUCCGCCGCCCCACAGACGACAUCCACAGCUUCUUGCACAAAGAUCUAGCAGUGGAGAAACUAAACAAGAUCCACACCUACCUAUGGCUCGCCGGUCGCCCCGUUCCCCCAAAACCACUAAACUACCAGAUCGCGAUAUCGCGCAAGAUCGUCACGGACGAGCGCAUAGACAUGCACUUAAUCUGGGAGCCGUCGGGACUUCUUCACCUGAAGCCGAUACCUCGAUACCUGCUCGAUGCGGAUUUUUGGCAUUCCCAUUUGAUAUGUACAGCCCCGUGCUGUGAAGCCGAGGCGAGCACGGCCAAGACUUUCAGCACGACGCCAUGCUCGCAUGAGCUUUACAAAUACGGUCUCGGGUUUUUGCACUCUUACGUCGCGCUGAUUCAGUUUGAAAGUGACUUGGCUAUGGCGCACAGCUACCAUCUCCUUCCAGCCGAAGUUACCUGGUUGCAGUGGUUGUCUUUUGUGGAACAGUUGUUGCAAUAUGGAGCCCGGCCGGGUGAUAUGAAUGAACGAUAUCUUUUCGGCGAGCUGAGACUCUCGCAACUGAAUAAGAUCUGCUCGUUCCGAUAUGGUCGUGCACUAAGGGGAUACCAGUAUAUACAUCGGACGUACGGCGAUGUGUUUCGUGCCUACCUGACACCCAUAACUAUGGCGACGGUCUACGUCGCGUUGGUGUUGACUGCGAUGCAGGUUGGCUUGGCGACGAAAGGGUUGGGUAGUGAUUCGGCGUUUCAAAAUUCCUCCUAUGGGUUUACUGUAUUUGCGAUCUUGGCACCCCUUAUAGGUGUUGGACUUGCUGGGCUGUUUGGGAUGUUCCAGUUUUGUAUGGAUCUCUUUGAAAGCUGGUGGUUUCAACGGGACCGAUUGUUGCGAUUUGACUCGACUAGGAUACCCUAG